AGCGGAGCUGCUGCAGAUGUUUGGCAGCUGGUCAGUAUCUGUAGAUCCAGCGCGCGGAUUCAGGAUGAUCCCGGAGCGCGAGACCCUGCUGCUGCUCGCGGGCAUGACGAUGAUGAUGGCACUAUCAUGUGGAGCGCGAGGUCCUCCGUGGGUAACCCGCGGGGUGGAGGAGAAGCAGACGGCCCGGCUGGGGCGUACAGUGCGCUUGCCCUGCCCGGUUGAGGGUGACCCGCCGCCGCUGUGGCACUGGCUGAAGGAUGGGCGUACGGUGAACCCGGGCUGGAGUCGGUUCCGUAUCCUCAGAGGAUCACACAGUCUGAAGAUAAAGGAGGUAGAGGCGGAGGAUGCUGGGUUGUACAUUUGUCGCGCCAUCAACGGCUUCGGUAGCGUCACCCUCAACUUCACUCUCGUAGUCAUCGAUGAUGCUACAGUGCCUGAACACAAGCCUCCUUCACUAGAACCGACUGCAGAACCGGCCCUGCAGGAUCCAACAGGGCAGCCAUGGGCGAAGCCCCGUUUCAGCAGGCCGGAGAAGAUGCGCAGGCGGUUUCGGGAGCAGCCGGUGGGCAGCUCUGUGCGGCUGAAAUGUUCAGCUAAUGGUUCUCCUGACCCGGGGAUCACAUGGUGGAAGGACCAGGUGCAGAUGUCCGACCCCACCCGGGGAAAACGGCAGCAGUGGACGCUCACCCUGAAGAACCUGCAGCCGCAGGACAGCGGCCGCUACACCUGCCGCGUGUCCAACACUGCCGGAUUCAUCAACUACACCUACAGGGUGGAUGUUAUAGAGCGCACCAACUCUAAGCCCAUUCUAACGGGCACACACCCGGUCAACACCACGGUUGAGUUUGGAGGCACGGCGUCGUUCCAGUGUAAAGUCCACAGUGACGUGAAGCCUGUGAUACAGUGGCUGAAGCGUGUGGAACCGGGCACCGAGAGCCGCUAUAACUCCACGCUGGAGGUCGGGGGUCAGCAUUUCAUGGUGCUGCCCACAGGAGAGGUGUGGUCCAGGCCCGAUGGGUCCUACCUCAACAAGCUGGCCAUCGUGAAGGCCCGUGAUGAAGAUGCGGGGAUGUACAUCUGCCUUGGGGCAAAUACCAUGGGCUACAGCUUCCGCAGUGCCUACCUCUCUGUACUUCCAGAUCCUCAGGUGGAGAAGUCGGUAUCUCCCGCCCAUCUGAGCUCAGGUCUUCCCUGGCCGCUGAUCAUCGGCAUUCCAGCGGCUGCUCUCCUCAUGAUGGGCACCAUCGUGCUCUGGCUUUGCCACAGUCGCCUCAGACAGGGUGCCCUCCCACCCCGACCAGCACCCCACCGGGACCACCACACCCCAGACAAGGAUACCAGCUCACCCAGCAGCACCAGCCCGGACUUCCCAGUCCAGAGGUUUAUUGGGAUGGGAGCUCCGGCCCUCGGCGCCCCCCCGAAGGUUUAUUCUAAAGUGUAUACGGACAUGCACACACACACCCACACCCACACACACUCGCACGCACUCGUGGACGGAAAAGUGCACCAGCAUUUCCACUACCAGUGCUGACCGGCUGACCCGUGCUAACCUUCCUCACUGAGCCGAUGCUGCUGCCCCGCCCUGCGUGGGUGAUGGGGCCUUUGUUUUGGAACGCCAACAUGCUGUAGGUCAGCUGAAGCUGAGUUUGAACUAUGCGACCCAUGAGCGGUGAUGAGACUGUUGAAUGGAGGAGUGACCCAGUGAAGCGUUUGUGAUGUACUUUGAUGAACCUGUUUUGGUCAUAUUUUAGAAAUUCUCAGGGUGGGAAGAGUGAUGUGUGUAUUUGAUAUAGACGGAAAAUAUGUUUUGUGUUGAAAUGAUGUAGAAUCCAUAAUCCAAUACAAAUUAAUUAGAAUAUAUAUAAUAAGUCUGUAUUCACCAAUCAAACAUAGCCGUUGCUUGUACCCCCAUUUUAGGAUUUUUUUUAGCUCUAUAAAUACAGACUGUAGUCCUGCAGUAUCUUUCACCCUGUUCUUUAAAGGCCAGGACCCCAAAGGAGAGACCACCAGAGAGCAGCUAUUGUCAUUGGGGUUAUGAGUCAUAAUAUUCUCAGAACUAACAAUGCAGUGACUGCAUUGGCAUGGUGGUGUAUGAGGUGUUAGUGUGUGUUGUGGUGGUAUGGGUCAGUGGAUCAGAUACAGCAGUGCUGCUGGAGUUUUUAAACACACUGUCUCACUGUCACUGUUGGAGUGAGGGCCCUAAAAUAAUAUUAAAAUAUUAUAUGGCAUUUUUUUGCGAUAACAAUGCUCUUGGCGAUAUGACAAAAUAUAUCAAGAAUACACUUUCAUCAGAUUGUAACAGAACUAAAUGAUCCAGAAUGUCAUAAUACUAACAAUGCACUCCAAAUAUCUCCAUAAAUCCAGGAUUAAAGUAAAAUAAAUGAUACUGGACAAAUAUAAUCUGCCUGUAGUACAUAUAUCAUUAGAAAUGAGAACAGUUUCAAUUUUUUUCCCUUUCUUAAAAACAGCAAAAAGUAGUCCCGUCAUGUGAUAAUUAUUUAAGAGCAGGGUAAAAGGAGGAUAAUAAUAAAGUAUACAGAGAAACAGAUACUGUACAGGACUACAGUCUGUAAUUAUAGAACUAUAAACUUUCCAAUAUGAUAAGCAGAGCAUGGAUAAUGGGUGUAGAAGCAUGGAAGCUGCUAUAUUUGCCAUAUUUGCUAGAACCGGCAUUAGAAAAUUGCAACAAAAAUAUUUUAUUUGUUAUUCAUUUAUGUCAUUUGGCAGCAUUUCUAUUGGCUCAUUCAUUGUAGAACAAAAGCCAUAUUCAAAAUGUUGUCAAAACAUGUCAAAAAAGUUAGAACUCCCAAAUAGAGAUUUGUGUGAUGAUAUACACUGCAAAGAAAAAAGUUUUGGGAUGCAUCUCUUAAUCAUUAAUGUCAGGCAUUUGAUUCAGUUCCAUUGCCACAGGUAUAUCCAGCAUCUAGCCCUGCGGUCUGCUUUGUAGUGAAUGAGUGAAUGGCGGUUCAGAUUCUGAUUUAGAAUGGGAUGUGAUGUGUGAUGAAAGAUAAAAGAUACUAUAGGUAUGUAUAAUGUGAACAUGGCCCAGUACUUUUGUUCAUAUUGUGUAUAUAUUGCCAUAUAACAGCUAUAAUAACAAUGCUGUAUAUGUUUUGUAUUAUAAGAGUAAGUGAGUAUGAUGAUGCAGAUAUGAGGAUGCAGAUGUUUACAACAUGUUCUUAACUUUAAUAUUGAUCUAUUAUCAACACAUACUGUGGUGUUUUUUUUUUCUUUCUUUCUUUUUUUAAAAAAGGAAUUCAACUGAUUGUUAAAAUGUAUGUAAUAUUAGAAUAGAAUGUAAACAGAUUAAUUCAGAGCAGUUUGGUCUGCAGAGAUUUGGUCAUGGGUUGCCAUGUGAAAUCAUACAAAAAGGAAGUUGUUGUUGUGCUUUGUGGUACAUCCGGGUGCAGUACUUGCAUACUGUUCUGUAUUUUACUGCAUAUGAUAAAUCCUUUAUAUUUUAUAGUGUAAAAAUCGAUUGACAUCCACUACAAGAUGAUUAUAUAUAUAUAUAUAUUUCACCUUUGAAAUGAAAAAAAAAACAUCUAGUUCCUUUAAACCCAACAUCAUGUUUAAUCUCGUGAGAUGAGUGUCUCAUCACACCCCAAGAGUAGUAAUUUUAAAAGGAUUCUAUUCCAUGUAAUUUUGGAGCAUUUCUAUUGGACCAUUAAUAAUCAAAUUCUGAAGCAAUAUAAAUAUCAACUAGCAGAUUUGGCUUUUAAAAAUUGCAAAAUGACAAGUUUUUUGUGUAAAAAUAAUAUGCAAUUUUUUAAAUAUAUCUUUUAUGUGACCAUCAGUAGCCCACACUCAGCCUGUUCCUGUGAUAUGUUAGAUACAUCAAUUCAAAUCUAUCUACUUGAUGUUUUGGAUCAAAUCAAAUUUCAUAUUUAUGGCUCUUUAUGAAGUUUUGUAAAUGUAUUUUUUUAACAUCGACCAAAUUUUCAAAACCUAAAAAUUAAAAACACACAAAAAAAUACAAUUUUAUAAAUCCCCCUAUUAAAUAUUUCAAAUUCAUUUAGAAAUCAGGUGAAUUUAUUUCUAAUUUACAAAAAUGCUAAUUCAAUACUUAUGUCAGCUUUAGAGCUUCAUAAAGAACACACACUUCAGAAGACAUUAUGUCAGAUAUUAGUUAAACCAUUUACAUUUAAACUCUCUUAAACACAUUUUAAGCAUCUCCUGCUGUCACCACUACUUUUAAACAGUGCUGACCUCUAAUGACUGUGUUUAUGUAUUAACCAUUUAAAACAUUUUAAAGAUCAGUGGAAUUCCCUUUUUUACUGUGAUUAUUUUGUGAAGACUUUACCCAGGAUGGAUCAGUCAUGUCUGGAUGAAGAAGCUGAAGCGGAAUCAAAGGGCUAUAUUUGGUAUAUUUGUUAGAAUUUUUACUAUUAUUAUGCUAAUCUAUUUUCCAGUAUGUAUUUUGACUCGUCACCCUAUUAACUGCAGUAUUGCUACAGUGUAUCCGGUCUGGAGUUUCAGAUUGUACAGCAGUGCAGUUCAUUUACUUGCAAUAUUUGCAAAGUGUAUUUUGUAUCAGAUACUUUUCUAUUGAAUAAAUUACACAUUAGCAGUAUGAUUACCUUGUUUUUUAUAAUAGAAAAAGAUAUAUAAGCAAAGUUGGAGAUCCCUUCAAAGGCCUUAAAUGCAAGUACUGCUGCAUGCAUGCUGCGAUUUCAUUUUGGUGCUGAUGUAAGUGUUAUAAUAAUAAUAAUAUUUUUGUAAUAAACAAGUGAUUUUGUAUUUC